CUGGAGGUUUCAAUCCUGUUUCUCAGUCUUGGGCUCUCUAUGGCAUAUGAAACACCAACUGGCAGUGGUAAGUCUUGACUGAAAACAGUCAAAUGAAGACAGGAAUUGUGGACUGGGACAGUUAAGGAUUUUAAGGACAACAGGGAACAACUGGUAUGGUGCGUAAACAAGAACCAAGUUGAGGAUUCCUGACACAACACUUUAAACCUGCAGUCGAUAAAACUGAUCAAAAGGAAUAGGUUUUUCUCAUCAGCAUGGGCUGCUCUCCGUCUAAAGGUCAACUCUUCAGUAAAAAAGCUAUACUGUCUGAAUCACCAGAAAACAAGAAGAAUGCAGACCUUCUUUCUGAUGGGGCACAGCUUUUAAUCAAAGCAGAGAUAAACACAGCUUCAGAAGGGCUAGCGGCAACAGAGAUACAAGAAAAUAAUAAAUAUGUGCAAGGUAAGAGAUCCUCAUUAGUUGAUGCAGCUUGUGAUGUCACUGUGACAGUCAAAGAAGACGCUACUGAGAAGACGCUAGAUGUGGUUCGCUUUCAGGAUGGACAAAGUGCACAAGAGGGUCUCUUGGAAAACCAGAAAGAAGGAACUGAGGAGAUAAGGACAAAAGAAAAGCAAGCAAAGAGGAGGAAGCAAAGAAAACACAGACUGAGAAAAAAUUCCUAUGCGCAGUCAAAAGCAGAGUUCAUACUGAAAGCCCACCAGGCAGCCUAUGCUUACCUAAAUCCCAGUAUAUCAAAAUAUGAGUCUCUUUUAGGGCUCUUGAGCCAGGCUGCUCAGACUCAUCUCUCUGUACAGACCACAGUAGCUUCAGUCGUCUUGCACUACGAAGAGAUUAACCAGGCUUUGGAAGAAAUGGCCGCUGAGGGCGAGCAGCUGCUGAGGGAACAUGGACACAACAUGGCAUGGCCUGCUUCGCUUAAAGACUAUCCAACUACAACAACCAAACCCAGCAAUGAACAAAACUUCUCCCAGCUUCCUUCUGAACUGCUGCAGCAGAUGCUUCUUCACUCCACAGCUAAAAUGAUCUCUGUGGGAGACUCUGUGAAAUGCCUGAGUGACUCAGCCUUACAGGAACUAGCUGACUACUACGGGUCCCUGUCUCAGCUACUGGGAGAGAAGCUGCUGGCUAAGCAUGCGGCCGAGGAGCGACUGAAGCUCGUCCUGUCCCAUGUGGAAGCUGCUGCUCUCAGGAAACCAAGUCCAGAAGAUUCUGCACUUCAUAGUGAAGACAGUGGCAUAGGUGCAGACAACGAGUGUCAGAAUGGCUCGGAGCGUCUCCGUCGGAAUAGAGGGAGCUCUGGAUCAGGAGCAAACACUGGAAUAACAUCGGUCUUGACCACCAGUUGCUCUCCAGAUCAGCCGUUCCUUAAUGCUAAUGAGGAGGUUACAGAUAAUGAUGAUGAUGAUGAUGACAAUGAUGACAAUGAUGAUGACGAGGGGGAUGCAGAACUUGAGAAUGAAGUCAGUGGAAAAGGUAGGUUGACCGACAAGACGAAGGGAACAAUGUGUCCGUCUUCUGAACCAGACACUACCCAUCCUUCAGUUCCAGGUAGUCUUCAAAAGCAAGAUCAAGUCAGGAACAGUAACUUAAAAAGAAAAACCAGACGCCCCAAAACCGCAGACAAUACCUUUCAGGUGAAACUAAAGUACCGCCACUUAAGGGGACCAAAGCGCUCACAAUCCGCCGAGUGUUUGUGUAGCAAAGCAGAAGGAUCAGAUCCUAAUCAGCAACAAGGAAGCCUGAGGAACAAGCAAACACCUCACUGGAGGAGAAAAAAUAAUUUGCCAGAAGAAAUUGUACAUGGGGGUCAUGUCUGGCCAAAGAUUAGAAGAAGUCCAUCAGGAGGACAGUGCACAGCCAGGUCCUAUGGCCUGCAGUAUGGCAGCAAAGGGCCUAUUAGGGCAAUACCACCUAGCUCUCCUCCAACGUUUACUCCAGAACCACCUGGGCGAAACGCUGUCAAGAGGCUUAUUAAUACUUUUAGCCAAGGGGUGGAGGACAAUUCAAGGCAAAGCCCUUUAGACCAAAAACCAAUAAGAGUCAGGGGCAACAAGAAAUGCACUCUCCCACUGCUGCAGAACAGCAGAGGAGCUCUUACCACCAGUGGGAAUAUCAAGAGUAGCAUCCAGCCGCUUGAGCCCAGACUGGCUGACAGACCUGAGCAAUUGGAUAUAGACAGCCUCCCACCUCCACCCCCAGAGAUGCUCAUGGACAACUCAUUUGAAAACAGUUCAGGGUUGCCCACUGAAGAAGGGGCUCAGGAUUUACAGUGCAGAGGGCAACGACUCUACACUUCCACGCAAAGAGAGACUGUGCUCUCCAACCGGACAAGCAUGCCGCGAGGCUCCAUGAGCUUCCCAGCUACUCAGCCUGUGAGGCAAGAUGUUUUGACGGGCAUUAAACAGGAAUACAAAAAAGUGACUGAGGUUGAUUCUGAAAGAGAUGCAGCACACACCCUUGACCAGUCUUAUGCCAAAACAGCCCCGGCUAAUGCAGGUUUUUGUGGUUCCACACCUUAUCAAGAAUGUGAAAUCCACAAUGAGGGCGAGACCGCAACUAUGCAAGUGAAAAGUUUUCCUCCAACAACUCCACCCGUGUCGAGAACACGGCUUCCACCCUCCUGUCCCACUGUGCACCACACAGUGCCAAGUCCUCCAUCCACAACCUGUCCCCCUAGUGGGAAGUGGACUCCAACUACAUCUGCCAUCUCUAGUAUGCACAGAUGUGCAGUAGCUGAAGAUAACAGCCUUCCUGCUUCUGGGUCACAAUCAUUUUUUGAAGCUCGCGCCAUGUUCUGUCAGGAGAACAAAUCACUUUCUCAAACACUGACACGUUCAUGUACAUCUACAUUACCUCGGCCAUGGGGAGAACCUGCCAGAGGACGACUGCCAACUACUCGACUUCAACAUUCGUUAAUGGGACACAGCCCAUCGGGUCAAAGGUCAUCCCACAGUGAGCAGGCACAGUCAUUGCCUAAUGACAAACAACAACAGGGCCGGGACAAUGACGUCACAUCUUUGUCCAGUGAGGGGACAAACACAGCGCAUACGAGAGCAGACGGCGUAGACUCGCAGCCGUCCGCUGCUGAUCCGAACACGCACAGCGGGUUUGUGGGUGAGGAGAUUACAGAUUAGCUGGAUUAAGGCCUUUUCUCUGUCCUGAGAUCUCUAACAUGGAUAUACAUAGAAACAUUUCCAAUAAAUAUAAACACCAUGAUACUUAAAAGAGCUUAGAAGUUAAAAAAAGCCACCUGUCUGUGUAUAUUUGUUACUGUGUCUCAAACUCUCUACUUAAUCUGUUAUUUAAGUUCAUUUACUUUUCUAUUUGAAGCUCGAUGAUCUUUUUGGUUUUGAUACGUAAUAAAGGAUUAUUAAGUUCAAACUGAGAAGCUUAAAAAAUAACGUUUUUUUCUUUUUGUAUCCUGUAAUCAGUUCAUCUGAGAUCAGGCUCCUAUCAUACUCUUAUCCUUAUCUUAACAGGAGCCUGUUACUAUUACUUACUACUUGAUAGAGAUAUGUAAUCGUGAAUAAUUAAAAUAUCACUUUCCGUUGUCUUUUAAUGUGUCCUAUACUAUACGUCAUAGUCAUAACAGUGGUUUUGCAUUCAUUUCAUUAAUGUGAAAGAUGCCUGAACGAUCAGAUUUCUGCAUGAACUGAUUUUAAAAUGUGAUUUGAUACUAAAAAUAAAGAACGUUCAAACACACGCUUUUGCACUGUUUGAUGAAAUUAAAAACACAAUUUACUAGCUGAGGUCAGAGAAGCUGAACAUGAAAAUUCUGUCAUUAUUUAUCUUGUUGUAAACCUGUAUCUUUUCCCCGGUACAACACAAAAGGAGAACCUGAAGGAACUUCACAUACAUUUUUUUCCCUCACAGUGAUCACAAGUUUCAAUCAUCUAAAAAUAUACUGUAACAACUACCAGAAAGGCACCACACCCUAAUCACACAGGACAUGCACCAGUGACCUUCAGAAGAGCCCAUGAUA